CUCCCUCGUCACAAAAAUCGUAGUGCCCAACCUAUUCCACCCUUGAACACAACAGCCACACCAACGCUAACCAUGCUCGCCGACCAGUUGCAAGCUCAUCGCCACGUUACGACUCUUUGCACCAAAUGCGGGCAUGCAAUCACCUCUGCCACGUUUUCCGUUCCCAUCGAAGCCAUCCGAAACCCAGACUUCCCGACGAUGGAGAACGCGGGCGUCAUCCAGCAGAACAUUCUCUUGGAAGAGGCUGCUGUCGCCACCUACGCCCAGACUAUCCGCGUCACGCGCAAGAUACUGAAGGAUCUCCUGCGGGAGAAAAAGACUCUCAUCACCCAUCUCACGCGCAAGCGCGCGCUCAUCGCUCCUAUACGCCGCCUUCCUACCGAGAUCAUGCUCAUCAUCCUCAAGAUGUCGGUCGCGGACACCUAUGACCGCAAAGCGGGCGCCUUCCGUAUCCUGAACCAUCCCGUCUUGCAAGUCUGCCGCUUCUGGCGCAACCUCGUGCUGGACACCCCACAGCUGUGGACGCAUAUCAGAAUCUAUCCAAAAUACGACUAUUUCUAUCAAGAAGAAAUGCUGAAGGCCUACUUGCAGCGUUCCCGAACACUUCCGAUCGAUCUCUACCUGCUCUCCAACGAAGACACGAUGCAUCUUCGAGUCGACGACGACGAUUUUUAUAUCUGGGAUCCGUUGUCGGAGGGGGCAGAGCUGCUGCUGUCUUGCGCGCAUCGCUGGCGGACAUUCCAAAUCGAGGUACCCACCGAGUCCUUACGAGAAACAAGCGAGCCAGUGAACCUCCCGCUGCUCGAAGCAUUGUUUCUUCACUCAGACACCCGAAGGUUCAGUCUGUUCAAGCACUGCCCCGCUCUCUCCUCUGUUUACCUGUGCGGGGCUGUCGAUCCUCUCCGCCACAAUCUACCGUGGGCCCAGAUCACCGACCUAGAAAUCGCCGAACCAUUCGAUAUUUUCAUGGACAAUCUCUUGAAGUUGCUGUCAACUUGCCAGUUUUUGCGUCGCCUCGCACUCUUUGUGCCAAAAUGGGAGCUGCAUGCAAGCCAAGGGAAUAUCGCUAUCUUACCCGCUCUCGAGUAUCUCGAGGUCCAUGGCUCGGCUGGUGGUCUGCUCAAAUGGCUGAUCGUGCCCAACCUCCGCGAAAUCAAGACUGUACAUGUCCCGGGACGCCACGUUCACCCGCACACCACCAUGUCUCCGAAUGCAGGCUACAAUGCACUACUGGAUCUCACAACAUUGAAUGACGCGACCAUCGGUGACAACCUAACCACCUUGUCCCUCGUCACGACGAUUUGUGCCAACCGCGAGUGGACAAAGCUGUUCACGCACUAUGCCGGUGUCUCCCGGCUAUGUAUCGUGGAUUUUUCCGACAGAACUGAGUCUGCAGGUCUGAGUCUCCUCGAGAUACUGGUCGCUCAUCCUGAGCUACUCUCUCACCUCACUCGCCUUGACUUUCCGACUAUGUGCAUCGCAUCGCCAGAUGAUCAGCAAGUAUUGGAGGAUUUCAUCAAGCAGCGGGCGUCCACUGGCAGCGGGGGCAAGCUUAAGGAAAUCAACAUGGGAGCAGUAGAAAGGAAAGAUCUGGUCGACAGGAUAUUGCGCCUUCGGGAACAAGGGAUCUGCGUAUAUACUCAGGAGCCGCCUGAUCUUCGUCGUCCUGGAGCUAUCGAAGAGGACAUAGACCUUUACGACUGAUGGGAUACCACUGAGUGGGUGAUGGAGAGGAUUGGGAAUAGACGAGCGUAUAAACGUUCGGCAGGCCCGGACCGGGGAGACGGGCGGCCCGUCGUUGCCCACGCUUUCUUACCUUCACUUCUCUCCAACCCUCAUCGCAGU